AUGCGGCCCGGCGGUUCCGGUGCCUUUGGCUUCAGUUCAGUAUCUGGCACAUCACCUGCCUCUUGUUCUCGACUUCGGGCCCCGUUCUCUGCCGUCUCACGGAAGAUGUUUUCCUCGGCAAAGUGCGCUGUGUUUUUAGCCGAUUCCAGCAGACCUCCAGCCCAGGCCCCGUCUUUGUGUCUGCAGACAAUGGGUGAUUCCCAGACUCCGGGCGGCGUGGGGUGGGGAGCGGGGGGAUACUUCCUACCGGACCGAUCCCCAGACAGACUCGGCCCUCAACUCAGAGAUUCAGAAGGCGGCUUGUCUGGGGCCUGGCGGCCCAGCCCCUCGGAGAAAAGCAGGUAG